CCUGCAGGUUGUCUCCUUGCGGUCUCCCCGUGAGGACUGAGAGAGAAUUCAGGGUCACGAGAAGGAGCCUCUUGGGAAUUUUCUUCUUUCACAAUAUUAAUUUUGCUAGAAGACGGACGUCCCCGUGGAGAAGGGAAGAGUCUGCGAGAGGUUUGGUUCCAAUGCAGCCUGAUCCACCGGUGCUGGCCAAAUUGAAGGCAAAACACCAGGCAAAGGUAUAUAUUAUUCAAGUCAAUGUUGGGAGUCAUCAGUGGACAGUCAAACAUCGUUACAGUGACUUCCAUGACCUGCACGAAAAGCUUGUUUCAGAAAAGAGGAUAGACAAAAACCUGCUGCCUCCCAAGAAGAUCAUUGGGAAAAAUUCCAAAAGUCUAGUGGAGAAAAGAGAGAAGGAAUUAGAAGUUUACCUGCAAACACUUCUCGUCAAGUUCCCCGUUGCUGCACCCAAAGUUUUGUCUCACUUUUUACACUUUCAUUUAUAUGAAAUCAAUGGGAUCACAGCUGCACUGGCUGAAGAGCUCUUUCACAGAGGGGAGCAAUUACUAAUGGCUGGAGAGGUCUUCAACAUCAGACCAUUGCAGUUAUAUGCUAUCACUCAACAACUGCGGCAGGGGAAACCUACAUGUGCUAAUGGAGACGCCAAAACUGAUCUAGGUCAUAUACUGGAUUUCACAUGUAGACUCAAAUAUUUAAAGGUAAAUGGCACAGAGGGACCUUUUGGAACCAGCAACAUUCAGGAGCAUCUCUUGCCUUUUGAUUUGUCAAUAUUUAAAUCUCUUCAUCAGAUAGAGAUAAAUCACUGUGGUGCAAAUCUUAUUAAAGGGCUGACUUCAUCAAAGCACACUUUAACCACCAUGAGUGUUCGGUUUUCAGCAACCUCCAUGGAAGAAAUUCUAGUGCCUGAGGCUUCUGAAUUUGACCAUUGGGAGCCAGAGGGUGCCCUUUCAAGUUGUCCUGUGACAGCGGUUAUCCCAACUUGGAGGACUUUAACAACCUUAGAUAUGAGUCACAAUCGCAUAUCUCAGAUUGAUGAUUCAGUGAAACUAAUCCCGAAGAUUGAAUUCCUAGAAUUGAGUCACAAUGAUGUGUCACUAGUAGAGAAUUUACAGCAUCUUUACAACCUCAUUCAUCUGGACCUAUCCUACAACAAAAUUGCAUUGUUGGAAGGUGUCCAUACAAAACUUGGGAACAUCAAAACUCUGAAUUUAGCUGGAAACCUCCUGGAAAGGCUAUGUGGCCUUAACAAACUAUACUCACUAGUCAACCUGGAUCUGAGCAACAACAAAAUAGAUCAGAUUGAGGAAAUAAGAAACAUAGGAAGCCUUCCAUGUUUAGAAAAGGUGAUUUUAUCCAACAAUCCUUUGAGCAUCAUUCCAGAUUACAGGACCAAAGUGCUAGCCCAAUUUGGGGAAAGAGCCUCAGAGGUCUGUUUGGAUAAUAUCAGUACCACAGAAAAGGAACUUGACACUGUAGAGGUGUUAAAAGCUAUUCAAAAAGCAAAGGAGGUUAAGUACAAACUGAAUAACUCUGAUAAGAAGAUCAGUGAGGACUCCAGGCUCACUGCUGCCAGCUCCAAAUCAAACUGUUCUUCUCUUACUGUUCAUCCUUCCUCUCCUUCUCUGCCUCGUGCUGUCAGCUCCAGCCAAGAAAUAAUUUGUAGAAAAACAGCCCUAGCCAGCAGUUUAUCUCCAUCCAGCAAUUCGACUCCUACAGACCAUACAGUUACCCAGAGAUGCUCUGAAAUACUAGACACUAGAUACAGAAGCCAGAUGCCUGCUUCUCUGUUGGACUUAUCAAAAGAAUAUGGAAAAAUUCAUCACCUUUGUUUGGACCAUUCAGAUGAAGAACAUGCUGUAUUACCUGACCCUCAAAACACCGUAAUCUUGCCUUUUACCUGUAUGUCAUACACUGCCACCAACCAGGAUUUUACCCAGCACCUCUCCGCCAUGAUAGCACAGUCUUUGCAGAGAUCACCCCCUUCCUCUAUUGAGAGAGAAGACAAAGAGAGCCCUGUGAGGGAUCCUCGUGCCUCAGAUACUGAAGAUGGCUAUUUUGAAAUGGGACUCGGAGAGCGGACUUUCGAGUUCAGUGCUCCUUCAAAUACUGCCCCACCUGCUCCUGAUAGCAGAAGAGCAGAGAGCAUUGACAUAGUCAAAAUUCUCUGGAGUUUUUCUAUUCAGGUUCGUAAAGGAGGACUCAAGCAGUUUGCUGCUUGUUUGGUUUUGACUGAUAGCGUAAUAGCUGUGUUUGAGAUUCCUCAUCAAGAAUCAAAAGGCAACUCCCAGCAUAUCCUAUCUGCAUUGAAACUAGCAUUGUGCUUUCCAUAUACGGAUCUUACAGAGUUCGGUUUUCUCAUGCCAGAAAUAUGCUUAACUCUCAAGGUGAGAAAUAAUGACAACUGCCUGUUUAUUGUUUCGGACUCCCAAAACCUUCAAGACUUCUACUCUUGUUUGCAAGCCUGCUGCUCCCAAGGCUGCACGUCCAUGUUUUCAAGCUCCAUGUUGUACUGUGGCAAAGCAAGCUUGCAAGAAUUUGUCUACCGACUGAUGGGAUUUGAUCACAUUUCAGCAGAUGACAUUGACAUAAAAGGUUGCUUUCCAGCAUAUCUUGUUAACAGUAAUAAAACGGAUGUUCAGAAAGCCUUGUUUCUGCCAGGAUCAGUGGGUGAUAACCGAGCAUGGUCUGACCAUGCCUUGUGUUCUGCACUUUAUUCUACAUUGUAUAAAUCUGCUGAACAGAGUCGCUAUGCAUUCCAUCCUUGUUGGGUAUUUCUGACACCCCAGCAUUUGCAUAUAGUAAAGGUUGACUUCAAUGUAAUGCCAGCUAAAUGUAUAGACUCAGAAGAUGCAAGAAAUGUAUUCAAGCUGAGCAGAAUUCCACUGGCUUCUGUUGUGUUGCAUCCGACCAGUCAUCCUAUCCACCAGAAAGGAUCAUUCUCAGAUGGACAUGUGCUAGAGUUACUUAUUGGAUACAAAUUUGUUACAGCAGUAUUUGUUCUACCUCAUGAAAAAUUCCACUUUCUAAGAAUCUACAGUCUUUUGAGGACACUUCUGCAGGAUGUUAAAGCUAUAAUUAUAUUGAAAGCUUCCAACAGUUUGGAAUCAAUAAAAAAUUACCUCGUGGAUUCAAAAAACAGACACAGCCAGACAGCAGGCUUUUGCAAGCCUUGUUUGACACUAUCAUCCUUGUAUCCAUCUGAAUUUCUGAUGCAGAAAAUUUCGGAAGAUAAUCAAAUUCCAGUUUAUCUUCCAAUUUCUUCGUCUCUUCAGUAUGUGGCUGGGCUAAAAGGAAAUGCCAUUGUGGAAUUUUUCCAUAGCAGCGUUGCUGAGGUGGAAAAUGAAGAGCUGAGACAUCUUAUGUGGUCUUCUGUUUUAUUUUAUAAAACUCCUGAUAUGGAAGUGACAGCUUGUGUGUUGCUCUCAACAAAAGCUAUUUACUUUCUGUUGGAUGAGUCUGUAACUCGUGCCAAUGAAAAUGAGCACCAGCUGGAUGUGUGGAACCAUGAAAACUCAGAUUGUGAAAAUAGCUCUUUCCACCUCUCUUGCUGCUUUGUGCUAAAACUUAAUGAUCUGCAAUCAGUGAAUGUUGGACUUUUUGAUCAAUAUUUUCGAAUUGCUGGAUGUUCUGCGGGUCAUAUAGUAACCUGUCUAACUAGAGACAGUUACAGUACUCAUGCCUUCAUACAGCACCUCAUGGCCGUGCUGUCAUUGCUGGCACGUACUCCUUCACCAGAACCAGUAGAUAAGGACUUCUACUCUGAAUUUGGGAAUAAAAAUACAGGAAAAAUGGAGAAUUAUGAACUGAUUCACUCUAGUCGAGUAAAGUUUAUGUAUCCCAAUGAAGAGGAAAUUGGGGACCUAGCUUUUCUAGCAGCAGAGAAGAUGGACAGUUUGGCUAAUCACCACUCUCUGAAUAUCCUUCUGUAUGUGUUAGCAUUUCAAGUGAAUCAUAUAGAAGGAACUGCUCAAGCCAAUAGUUCACUUCAGGCUAAAACACUCAUUUUAACCAGUUCUGAUUUAUUCCUUUUCAAUGAGGAUUAUAUCAGUUACCCACUACCUGCGUUUGCAAAGGAGCCACCAAAGACAGACAAGUAUCAACUCUCAGACGGCAGACGAAUACGGGAUUUAGAUAGAGUGCUUAUGGGCUAUCAGACAUAUCCACAGGCCCUCACGUUUGUGUUUGAUGAUGUUCAGAACCAAGAUCUCAUGCAGAACUUAACGCUGGAUCACUUUGGAGAUAAGAUCCAGUGGUGCAUCUUUAUCCCAAGUGCAGAAAGCCGUGAGAAACUCAUCUCACUGCUUGCCAGACAGUGGGAGAUCUUGUGUGGAAGGGAGCUGCCUUUGGAACUCACUGGGUAAUGGUCACACAGUGAUUGGCAUACAGAGUAAAGCACAGUAUACGAAUGAGCGGGACUUUUGGUAUUAUCGCAUAACAUACUCGAAGGGUGAUGCUGGACUCUAUUGUCAUGGUUUCCUUGUGCAGAGAACAAUUUAAUAUAUUAACACAGUAUAACCUUCUGAAGUGUUAACUGGGAAUUAAGCUUUUUGUACAUUCUAUUUUUAUGCAAUGGUAUAUGUAUACAAUUUUCAUGAUGCAUCCCAAGAAACUGUAUGGAGCAAAAGGAGUCAACACUAGACGUUGUCUAGGGCUGUGAACAUUUCCACUAUUUUUCAGUAUAUAUCAGUCUAGCUAUUCUAUACAAACUAUACUAUGUAAAUAAUGUUAAGAAAAAUGCCUGUGAUAUGUUAAAAGUGCAAUGAUAUUUGUACAAGAUGUAUUUUAUUGGGUAUGCUGCUAACACUUAUUAUUUAAUGACUUUACACACACUUUUAAAUUUUGUCUUUUGGAGGUCAGAUUUAAUUGUUUGCUGCUAAUCAUGAACUUAGUGGCUAAACUGGCAAAAAGGUACCCCAGCUAAAUGCUACGUUUUCAUCUGAAAUUAUAGUUCCAGGGCACUCUUUUUCUUAAUAGAUUAGUAAAAUGAUUAAAUCAAUUUGCUACCAUCCUGGAAAUGAAAAGUGCCCAGCGUUGAUUGUACUAACAUUUUGUCAGCAAAUGAUGAAUUUGCACCUCUGAGUGUCCAGUGUUGUUUCUGUUACCUACUUUCUCAAUACAAAUAAAGUGAAAUUUGACACAA